AUGAAGAAACAGGUUCACAAGAAGGCCACUAAGAAAGCUUUAGAGAAACCAUUAGCAAAAGGUUUGGAGAAAGAUAUGGGCAUCACUGUUCAAGUCAGCGCGCCGUGGCCGGUGUUCAGCGUGUGGCCGUUGGAGGUGGCGGGCUCGGAGUCGCGGUGGCGCGAUAGCUUCCCGGUUCGGCGCGACGGCAUGGAGCCUCGGAUCCUCCUCGCCGUCUUGUUGUUGGCGGUGGGGGACGCCGGAGGGCUGCAGGCGGAUGGCGGCUGGAAGACAGACCGCUCCACACAGAUGAUUGACCAAGGACCCUGCAAUGUGGAAUUGAGAGACUCUUUGACCUAUUCUGAAUUUGUUCACCAGUAUGCAUAUUCUAAGCCAGUGAUUAUCCGAGGAAUCACAACGAAUGAGCAAUUCCGGGCUCUCUGUUCAAAGCAAAGUCUCCUGCAGGAGUUUGGAAAUCGACUGGUGAGAUUGAGCACAGCAAACACUUACUCCUAUCAGAAAGUUGAUGUUCCUUUUAAAGAAUAUGUUGAACACAUGAUGAAGCCUCAGUCUUUGGAUUCGUUGGGAAGUGAGACGUUAUACUUCUUUGGAGAUAACAAUUUUACAGAGUGGGACUCCCUGUUCAGGACAUAUAUCCAGCCUCCAUACCAGCUACCUGGGACAACUGGGGCUUACAGCUUUGGGAUUGCAGGUUAG